CAUUGACCUGCUACCUGGGAGUCAAUUCAUGGGAUUUUGUGUGUUCUGAUUCCAGUGCUAGCAUUUCUCUCCCCUUUAGGUCACGUAGAGUAAAUGGAAAACCAAACAAGUGGAACUGAGUUUGUUCUCUUGGGACUUACAAGAGAUCCGUUCCUUCAAAGCCUCCUAUUCACUGUGGUUUUAAUUAUUUACCUAAUUAUUUUAUUAGGAAAUAUGGUAAUCAUGUUGGUCAUAAGGAUUGAUUGCCACCUUCACUCUCCUAUGUACUUCUUCCUCUUUCAUUUAGCCCUUGUUGACAUCUGUUAUGCCACCACUGUUGUUCCAAAGAUACUGAUGAAUUUCCUUGUGAAAGGAAGCAUAACCAUUGCUGUCAAUGCUUGUAUGACUCAAAUGUUCUUCAUCUUCCUCUCAGCGGGGUGUGAAGUUUUUAUGCUUUCAGUAAUGGCAUAUGACCGAUAUGUGGCCAUCUGUAAUCCACUGAAGUAUCAAGAGGCUAUGAGCAAACAUUUCUGUUAUCAGCUGGUAGGAAGUUCAUGGGCAAUGGGUCUCUUAUAUUCAGCUCUAAACAUAAUUCCUGUGUUAAAUAUUCAAUUCUGCGGGCAUGCAGAAAUCAAACAUUUCAGCUGUGAGCUGCCCCCUCUCCUGUCUGCUGCUUGCAGUGGGACCUAUCUCAGUAAACUCAUUCUUCUUUUUUCUGCUGUGAUCUUUGGGUCCAGCUCCUUUUUGCUCACACUCAUCUCCUACAUCUAUAUCAUCACCACUGUCUUGAAGAUACGGUCUGCAGAAGGGAGGCACAAAGCUUUCUCCACUUGCAGCUCCCACUUCAUUGUAGUGGGGUUACUCUACAUAACUGCUCUGUUCCAGUACACAAAACCCAAAUCAGUCUCAUCAAUCAUUCUAGACCAAGUGCUGUCCACCCAAUACAGCAUCUUAACCCCCAUGCUGAAUCCCAUCAUCUAUAGCCUGAAAAAUAAAGAUGUGAAAGCAGCCUUAGGCAGAAUUCUAAAGAAACUGCAAUUUGUGUAACCUCUGAGCUGUAUAUUUCAAAUACAUGUUCUUUACAACACGGACUUAUGAGCAAAUGGGAUUUGCUGGUUGUGUUUUCUAGGUUACGUGAUAAAAACCACAUCCACAUAUCCACAAAGGAGCACAAUGGCAGGAGGGGGAUGCCAAAUAAUACUCUGCCCCAGCAGCUCCCAGGGCUAUCAGAUGGAGAGCUAUCAGCCCAUCACUGGUGCAUCUCUACAAGGAUAGAGGAGCACAGAGGUGAAGUGGAA